AUGAAUUUGUAUUUGUCCAUCAGAAUAAGAGACAAGAGAUUUGGGGGCGGGGCAGUACAGAAGAGUGAAGAAAUAGGAAAAUUGAAGAAAGAUAUUGCUCAGAUGAAUUCAGCUCGAUUCCAGACUGACUGGAAGAAAAACUACUUCAAGGCUGUGGAUGUGACACUGGAUCCAGACACAGCCCAUCCUAACCUUAUGUUGACUGAAGAGAGAAGUGUAACCUGGAGAAAGGAGAGUCAAGAUCUACCUGAUAACCCACAGAGAUUUUCUUCUCUUCCCUGUGUUCUGGGUCAGCAGGCCAUCACCUCAGGGAGAUGCUACUGGGAGGUGGAAGUUGGGAAUAUAAAAGCCUGGGACUUGGGAAUCUGUAGAGAUAAUGUAAUAAGGAAGGGGAAGAUUGUCGUAACACCUCAGAAUGGGUUCUGGGCCAUCAGAUUUCAUAAUAAUGAGUUCUGGGCACUCAGCUCUCCAGAAACAGCAAUUAUGAGAAAAAGUAAACCGGACAGAAUAUGUAUUUUCCUAGAAUAUGAGGAUAGACGUAUUUCAUUCUAUAAUAUGGCAAAUAACUCCCACAUAUACACAUUUGAUCAGUGCUCCUUUUAUGGGUCCUUAAGACCUUUUUUCCGGCUUUGGCCCAAUGAGUCCAAGAAUCUGACCAUAUGUCAAAUCUAA